AUGGCAGAUCCAGAGACAAAGGCUGACACUACGGUGACAAAGGCUGAGACUAAGGAGGCAAAGACUGAGACUAAGGAGGAGACAAAGGCUGGGACUAAGGAGGCAAAGGCUGAGACUAAGGAGGAGACAAAGUCUGAGACUAAGGAGACAAAAGCUGAGACUAAGGAGACGAAGGCAUCAUCUACGCUUGAAGAGCUUUGGAUAGAUUUUGAGAUUAAAGCUCCUGCGGAGAAGUUCCACCAUAUGUUCGCUAAAAGACCACACCAUGUCUCCAACUCCGCUCCUAGCCACAUUGGGGGAGUUGAGCUGCACGAGGGAGAGUGGGACAAAGUUGGCAGCAUAGUCUUGUGGAACUACAUUCACGAUGGAAAGCCAAAAGUAGCAAAGGAUAGGAUCGAAGAGGUGGAUCCGGAGAAGAAUCUAAUAAAGUUCAGGGUUCUAGAGGGAGAUGUGAAGAAGGAGUACAAGACCUUCUUAUUAACUCUCCAAGUAACACCAAAGCAAGGAGGAACCGGAAGUAUUGUGAGGUGGCACAUGGAAUAUGAGAGGAUUGACGAAAAGGUGGCUCAUCCUGAAACUCUACUUCCAUUCUUGGAAUCAAUGUCUAAAGAGAUCGACAAAGACCUUCUCUCCACGGAGUAG